UAAGAACACAAGAAGCAGCAAGGAGGAUUCAGUGCCAAUGCAGCAACAAAAAAGACAGCCAGAGUUAGUGGAAGGAAAUCUUCCUGUUUUUGUUUUUCCUACAGAACUUAUAUUUUAUGCAGAUGACGAGUCAACACACAAGCAGGUGUUGACUCUAUAUAACCCCUAUGAGUUUGCCUUAAAAUUCAAAGUUCUUUGUACGACUCCAAAUAAAUAUGCUGUGGUUGAUGCUACUGGUGCAGUAAAGCCUCAGUGCUGUGUUGACAUUGUGAUUCGUCACAGAGAUGUUCGGGCAUCUUACUAUGGUGUGAUAGAUAAAUUCCGUCUACAAGUGUCUGAGCAGAGCCAGAGGAAAGCAUUAGGGAAAAAGGAGAUUAUUGCUACUCUACUUCCAUCUGCAAAGGAACAACAACAACAAAAGGAAGAGGAGGAAAAACGAAUAAAAGAACAUCUGGCGGAAAGUGUCUUUUUUGAGCAGACUUUGUGUCAACCAGAAAACAGAACUGCCUCAUCGGGACCAAGUUUACUAACAGUCUUCCUAGGAAUAGUCAUGGACUUGAAGGCACCUACAUCUGUGCUAACUAGUUGA